AUGACACUCUCAACCAGUCUCUCCAAAUCCAUCCAAUCUCUAACACCCUCUCAUCAUCCUCCACUUCCAUCUCCAUACCCUACAAUACACUCCACCCUCUCUCUCCCCCUCCCACUUUCUCGCCCCCACCCACCUACAGAUAUACACCCUAAUCCCAACCUCAACCUCAACCUCAACCCUUUCUCCCCCUCUACAAACAACCUCCUGCUACCUCCUCCUCCUCUUAAUCCCCCACCCUACCCAUCUCAAUCCCAAUUCCCACCCACCCUCAUCCAAACCCUCACCGUCCUCUCCACCCCCCUAACCCCCCUCAUCCACAUCCUCACCGGCCACCCCCAUCCCGAAUUCCCCCUUACCAGACUCGCCCUUUCCCUCCUCACCUCGGCUCAACUCGACCGUCUAGCCGAGUACUAUCACCAGGUCUACCCGGCUGUUCCAGAAACACAUUUAUAUCCGUGUCCGAUGCGCGCGUGGCUAGGGGCGCCGGAUGAGGAGUGGGUCGGGAUUGAAGAGAAGAGGGGUAGGUUUGCGGGGUUUAUUGGGGUGUUUGGGGUGGAUUAUGAAAGGGUAGGAGAGAGAGAGAUUCGGGUAGAUCGGAGUCUUUGGGAUAUAGAGAUGGAGGGUGAGAUGGAGGGUGAAUUGGGUCGGUGGAUUCUUGAGGUUUUGGAGGAGAUGAGGGAUGGGGAUAGGGGAGGGAGAGUAGAUAAGGUAAGGCGGAGUGAGAAGAAAUGA